CUUUUGGGAUGUGAAGGUUUGUGGUCAAAAACUAAAAGACAAAAUUUCAACAUAGACUUUCUCUUAUAUACCAAAAACAACAGAGGAUCCCCUCAGAAAAUUUCACCAGCGAAUUUGGGAAGUCGAUUUGUUUCUGGUGCUAAAACGUUUUUAUUGAUUCAUGGAUUCAGAGAUAGUGGCAACGCUGGAUGGAUACAAAAUAUGAAAAAUGAACUUUUAAAAUUGUCUGGGUCAUUAAAUGUAAUAAUUGUAAACUGGAAGGUUGGAGCAGGCAAAGCUUAUGGACAAUCUACUGAAAAUACAAAAACUGUAGGCGAAAAAGCCAGUGCCUUGAUUGUAGCGAUCAAAAAGAACAAGGCGGUUGCCUAUAGUAAAUUCCAUGUGAUUGGUCAUAGUCUUGGUGCCCACGCUGCAGGUUUUGUUGGUAAAGGCGUUAUCAAAGCAGCAAACGACAAAGUAGGAAGAAUUACAGGCUUGGAUCCUGCUGGUUUUAAAUUUGCCCGGAAAUCGCAUUCUGGAAGACUUUCUUACAAGGAUGCUGACUUCGUAGAUGUAAUUCAUACCAAUGACGGUACUUUCCUUCGACUAGGUGAGUUGAGAUGUCAUGUAGAUUUUUAUCCAAAUGGUGGUCGCAGACAGCCUGGUUGUCCAAACGUUUUUAGCUUCAAUUCCUCUUUAUGUAUGUAUAACUUUUAA